CCGGGAGUCGCGGUCCGUGGCCGCUGUCCUUUUCCCGGGCUCGGGCGGGUGCGGGCGCGGCCGGAAGGCAGUGCGGGAGGCCGUGGGAGGCCCGGGGACGGUCCGUGGAGAGGCUGACGGCGCGCCAGGCGGUGGGGAGUAGCAGGGUAUCCCUAGUAUGACAGGUGCAGAGAUUCUGCCUGCUCUGUAACCAUGAAGGAGACGGACCGGGAGGCUGUUGCAACAGCUGUCCAGAGGGUUGCCGGGAUGCUCCAGCGCCCGGACCAGCUGGACAAAGUGGAGCAGUACCGCAGAAGAGAGGCCAGGAAGAAGGCCUCCGUGGAAGCCAGGCUGAAGGCCGCCAUCCAGUCGCAGCUGGACGGGGUGCGCACGGGCCUGAGCCAGCUCCACAGUGCCCUGAGUGACGUGGGCGCCAUCCAGCGGUCCCUGGCAGACGUCAGCAAGGACUGGAGGCAGAGCAUCAGCACCAUCGAGAGCCUGCGGGACGUGAAGGAGGCGGUCGUGCGGCACAGCCAGCUCGCCGCAGCCGUGGAAAACCUCAAGAACAUUUUCUCAGUGCCUGAGAUCGUGAGGGAGACCCAGGACCUCAUAGAGCAAGGGGCGCUGCUGCAGGCUCACCGGAAGCUGAUGGACCUGGAGUGCUCCCGGGACGGGCUGAUGUGCGAGCAGUACCGCAUGGACAGCGGGAACACGCGCGACAUGACCCUCAUCCACAGCUACUUCGGGAGCACGCAGGGGCUCUCCGACGAGCUGGCCAAGCAGCUGUGGAUGGUGCUGCAGAGGUCGCUGGUCACCGUCCGCCGGGACCCCACUUUGCUGGUCUCCGUCGUCAGGAUCAUUGAAAGGGAAGAAAAAAUCGACAGGCGCAUACUCGACCGGAAAAAGCAAACGGGCUUCGUUCCUCCUGGGAGGCCCAAGAGCUGGAAGGAGAAGAUGUUUGCCGUCCUGGACAGGACGGUGACCACCAGGAUCGAAGGCACGCAGGCCGACACGAGGGAGUCCGACAGGAUGUGGCUCGUCCGCCACCUGGAGAUCAUCAGGAAGUACGUCCUGGACGACCUCAUCGUCGCCAAGAACCUGAUGGCCCAGUGUUUCCCUCCCCAUUACGACAUUUUCAGGAACCUCCUGCGCAUGUACCACCAGGCUCUGAGCACGCGGAUGCAGGAGCUCGCGUCGGAGGACCUGGAGGCCAAUGAGAUCGUGAGCCUGUUGACCUGGGUCCUGAACACCUACACGAGCACGGAGAUGAUGGGGAACGCGGAGCUGGCCCCCGAAGUGGACGUCGGCCUGCUGGAGCCUCUGCUCUCUCCUGGCGUGGUCUCCGAGCUGCUCGACACGUACAUGUCCACUCUGACUUCGAACAUCAUCGGCUGGCUGCGGAAAGCCCUCGAAACGGACAAGAAGGACUGGGUGAAAGAGACGGAGCCUGAAGCCGACCAGGACGGCUACUACCAGACGACGCUCCCCGCCAUCGUCUUCCAGAUGUUCGAACAGAACCUUCAAGUCGCUGCUCAGAUAAGUGAAGAUUUGAAAACAAAGGUACUGGUUUUGUGUCUGCAGCAGAUGAAUUCUUUCUUAAGUAGGUACAAGGAGGAGGCGCAGCUGUACAAGGAGGAGCACCUGCGGAACCGCCAGCAGCCGCACUGCUACGUGCAGUACAUGGUGGCCAUCAUCAACAACUGCCAGACCUUCAAGGAGUCCAUAGUCAGUUUAAAAAGAAAGUAUUUAAAACACGAAGCAGAAGAAGGCGCAGCUCUGAGCCAGCUGAGCAUGGACGGGGUCCUGGAUGCCAUCGCCAAGGACGGCUGCAGCGGCUUGCUGGAGGAGGUCUUCCUGGACCUGGAGCAACAUCUCAAUGAGCUGAUGACAAAGAAGUGGCUGUUGGGAUCUAACGCCGUAGACAUCAUCUGUGUCACCGUGGAAGACUACUUCAACGACUUCGCCAAAAUUAAAAAGCCGUAUAAAAAGCGGAUGACGGCCGAGGCGCACCGGCGCGUGGUGGUGGAGUACCUGCGGGCCGUCAUGCAGAAGCGCAUCUCCUUCCGCAGCGCCGAGGAGCGCAAGGAGGGCGCCGAGAGGAUGGUGCGCGAGGCCGAGCAGCUGCGCUUCCUCUUCCGGAAGCUGGCUUCUGGGUUCGGGGAGGAUAUGGACGGGUACUGUGACACCAUCGUCGCUGUGGCAGAGGUUAUUAAGCUCACGGACCCGUCUCUGCUCUACUUGGAGGUCUCCACACUGGUCAGCAAAUACCCAGAUAUCAGGGACGACCACAUUGGCGCGCUGCUGGCCAUGCGGGGGGAUGCCACCCGAGACAUGAGGCAGACCAUCAUCGAGACGCUGGAGCAGGGCCCGGCCCAGGCCAGCCCGGAUCACGUGCCUAUCUUCAGGGACAUCGUGGUUCCCAGCCUGAACGUGGCCAAGCUCCUCAAGUAGCGGCCGGGACCCCACCGUCCAUCUCAGCCACAUGCACCAUCCCGGGCGGCCUGUAAGGAGGCCUCUGUUCCUGGGCGCUCCUGAGACGCUGUUGCUCAAUAAAGAGUGAACUUCUGCAGGAA